AUGUUCCUCUCUGCAAGCGGGGAUGUAGAGGUGGGAUUGCGAGGACCGAGAAAGCUCGGGGAACCCACGCGUUCAGCCUCUGAGAAAGUACGCUUUUCCAAAAUAACUGACGGCGAAUAUUUUUUUUUUCUUUUCACAUUUGUCAUUAACAGACAGGCACUCUGUAGGAUUGUGUUGUCGGAGAAGAAGCUUUUUUCCCCCCCCUGCCCUUUUCUUUUUUUUGUCACCAUUCUGCACGGCAGGCUGAGAGACGGACCGCUCGGACUGUGGGAGCCCUCCCCUCUGCUCGGAUCUGCUUUGGAUGAAGUUAUCGCGGGGGUGAACCGGGUGCCUCUGUGGAUCCUGAAAUGUGUGACUGCAGACCAUAUGCUGUCUCCAGAUGGCUCGUGGAAGACCGUGGAUGAGGGCUGAGCUGUAGUGGGGGCAGAAGGCUUCUGGGCCUGCCUGUCGUCGACUGGCUGAUUCGUCCAUCGAGGUGAGGCCCUACUCUCACCGGGCCACAGAACGGACCGAGACAAGGUCCCUCCUCACUCACCCCUGCCCCCUUUCCACCCUCACCCCCUACCCAGGCACGUACGCUCUGGACCAUGUCUAGCGGACUGUCGGAGGGGGGCCAGACAGAGGACCUGGAGCGGAGUAGCUGCAAACAGGACUCUCCUGUUAUAGAGCGCAGGAACCGCAGUGGCAUCAUCAGCGCGCCCCUCAGUAAGAGCCUUAAGAACUCCCGUACCCUCUCCCAGUAUACAGCGGUCUCCUCUGCCACCACCAAUGGACACACGGACAAUAGUGGGACUAAGAGCCACUCGGCCAAGCCUCAGCCACCCCCGCAGCCCCAGCCCACUGUCUCCGCACUGACAGCAGCCAAGUUGGACCGGACCCUAGAACAGGUUCUGGAGGGACAGAAUGGCCUGCUGCACUUUGCCCAGGCAGCAGCACUGUUAAAGCGAGCCGGUAUGGAGCACAUGCUCCUGCCUGGGGGCAUGGGAGUGGGAGUUGGCGGUGGAGACGCAGGCUCGGGGGCUAGCGACUUGGAGGGUACGUCUGUCACGGACGCCGUAGGUGGUCCUGUUGACUUCCCAUAUGGAGUAGGGGGUGGCUUCCCCUUCAACCCGGGGCUUUUCAUCAUGACGCCGGCUGGAGUGUUUCUGGCGGACAGCGCACUACACAUGGCCGGCCUGGCCGAGUACCCAGCGCAGAGCGAGCUGGCCUCUGCUAUCAACUCCGGUAAAAAGAAGCGGAAACGUUGCGGUAUGUGCCCACCUUGCCGACGGCGGAUUAACUGCGAGCAGUGCAGCAGCUGCCGGAAUCGAAAAACAGGCCACCAGAUUUGCAAGUUUCGCAAAUGUGAGGAACUGAAGAAGAAGCCCUCUGCUGCUCUGGAGAAGGUGAUGCUUCCUACAGGAGCGGCGUUCCGGUGGUUCCAGUAGGAUUCCUCCUCCACUCCCUACCCAAAGCUCUGCCAUCAAGUGCAAUGCCAACUCCUGGAUUCUCUCCGGAACAGACACUGGCUAAUAAACAAACUCGCAACAAAUAAAAAUUACAGAAGAAAAAAAAAAAACAACAAAAACAAAAAAAAACAAACAAAGCAGAACAAAUACAAAAAAAAGAAAAAAAAGAAAAAAUCAGUCGGAUUAUGGAUGCACCUACUUAUUCCUUGAACCAAAAAUGAAGCGUAAAGAAAAGCAUCUAUGGCAACUUUCAUUCCCUUUUCUAUGUUUCCAUUUUGGUACCUUUUGUCCUUUUUCCCAGCAGGUUUUUUCUGUCGCUUAAACAUGGAACUGUUCAUUGCCAGAAACAGAAAUGACGGACUGAGUGUGGACAAUCAACUAAUUUCUGUGUUUGGUGUUAAUGUUGUUCAUGUGUGGAAAGAUACAGUACUUGUGUAGAGAAUGUAAAUUUACAGCUAUAUUUUAAAACUAGUGGCUAAUGGCAAACAUUAUUGUGAUUCUUCACCAUUAUGUUACUUAAACCCUUGUCUAUUUUAUGACUCAUUUUGUUGGAAGAGGAUAGUUUCCAGACAGAUCAGUGGUUGUCCCUUGGAAGACAGAAAAUGUUUCAAAUUGCGAUGCCGUCAAUUUCAGAUUGAAAUGAAACUGAACAAAAAAAGGUCACGUCAUUGGACAGAUCUCUAGAGACUUCUUCACUGGGUUGAAGAUGCUGUUCGCCAGAGCCGUCGCUACUGUAAUCUCCUCAAUCAGCCCUCCUCUGCAUUUCCAAACUUUUCCUUUUAGUGAAACUGGCAGCCUUAUGUUACUGUGGCCCUACUGAGCAUGUGCCAAUACUGCUCAGGGCAAUAGCACUAAGAGACAGCACUUGCUCUGAGUCUACCCUACUGAACGCACUGAGACAAGAUUGCAUUUUUUUUUUUUUUAAUCUGUUUAUUUGUUAUAUUUUCAUGAUUUUUUUUUUUUGUUAUGUUGCUGGGUAGCUACAGCUUUUAAAAAUAACCAAUCUUUGUAUUUGUUUAGAAAAUUGGACUGGUUUUGUGAAUAAAAAGGAAUGCAUGUA